GGAUGCGGCGGGGCCGGCAUGCCCAGCCUGCUGCCGCCCUUCCUCGCCCUGCUCUGCCUCGGGGCGGCCGCGGGGGCGGGCAGCGCCCGGCCCGCCGAGCCGCGGGACGAGCCGUGGUGCCCUUACAAGGUGGGGGCCGAGGGGGAGGCGGGCGGGCGGCUCUGCUUCCGCACGCCGGCCCGAGGCUUCCAGUGCUCGGCGCGGGCCUGCCGGGCGCACCGCUCGCCGGGCGGGGGGCUGGUGGCCAACGUGCUCCGCAACGGCAGCGUCCUGCUGCAGUGGGGCCCCCCGCGCCCCGCCGCCGGCCUGCGGGGCUUCGCGCUCAACUGCUCCUGGGACGGCACCUACACCCGCUUCCCCUGCGACAGCGUGGAGCUGGGCGCGGCCUGUCGCGACUACCUGCUGCCCGAGGCUCACGGCAGCGUCCGCUACCGCCUCUGCCUGCAGCCCCGCUUCGCCCCGCCGCGCCCCGCCGGCCCCGCGCACUGCGUGGAGUUCCGCGUGGAGCCGGCGGCCAUGCGGGACAUCGUGGUGGCCAUGACGGCCGUGGGGGGCUCCAUCUGCGUCAUGCUGGUCUUCAUCUGCCUCCUGGUGGCUUACAUCACCGAGAACCUGAUGAGCCCGGCGCUGGCCGCCCCGCGCCGCGCCUAAGCCCGGCCGCCUCGCCCCCGCGGCGUGCGGGGUUUGCUGUGCCCCAGCUGCCGGGAUUCGGGUGUUUCCUCAGGAUUCGGAGCUCUCCUUCCUCCUAGGGUGGCUGCUCAGCCCGAGCCGUAGCUGAACUCGCAGGAUCUCAGCGGAUUUAAGGUCCACAAGUGCCAGGAAGGAACCGGCCCUUGGGACAAGCAAGGGACAGACCUCGGGGAGGACUCCAGGACGCUCUUCUUCCAAGCCUGUGCCGAAAUCCCCUUGCUCUGCAGUUGGUUCUCGAUUAUUUUGUUGUUGUUGCCCCGAGGGAGGAUGCUGUGCGAAGCCCGGGGGACAGCAGAGCUCUGGAACCACAAAGCCCACGGCUCCCUGAGCGUCUGCUCCAAAGCCCACCUAAAAACCGGGACUUCAGUGGGGUUUGUAUCGUGCCUGGUGUUGUUCACAAGUUCUGGGGUCUAGACUGGUCGACUGUCCAAAACAGAGGGGGGUUUCUGGUCAGUUUGAGUAACCACCACCCUCCUACACCCAGUUAAACCUGCUGUUCUCCCCUUAGGACUGGACCCGUAGUGUCCCCAGAGAGCAAUGCUCCAGGGACAAACGUGGUGGGAAAAUCCUGUUUUGCUGUACGAGUAGGAACCGACCCUUAGUUAUAAGCCCAGUGUAAGUGAGCACCAUCACUGCCCCCUGAAAUCCCAUCUUCUGGAAUGCUCUGUGCAGCUACACUAAGGUAGAAGUGUCUUAAACACAGAACUCACUAAAAAUAAUGUUGUAGCCCAGUGCUUUGAGCAUAGAACACUCCUCGUUAGCUGCUCACUCGAUGCUGUAGUCAUUAAGGUUUUAGCCAUAAAGUUUUAAUUCUAUUGUGCCUUAGUGCUGAGAAUUUCCCCCAUUUAUAUUAGCAUAUCUGUUCCUGUAGUCUUCACAGACAACUGUACCUCCCCUAGUGUUUUUGUCUCUGCAACUGGUGGUUGUUGGUUUGUUCAGUUGUUUGUUCUGUUUGUUGUUUUUUAAAAAAAAAAAAACACCCUAAAUUUAGGCGAACGGUUACUUGAACUUUAGUAUAGACGAAAAAUACAGUCUCCAUCUGUUUAUUUAGUGAGCUAGUUUUUGCUUAGUGUUUGUAGCUGUAGCAGAAGAUGACUUUAUUUCACUUAAACUGAGCACUGAAAGUGAAAGCAGGGGAAGAGAUGUUCCGGGAAGGGGUGGUUGCUGUUAAAAUACUUCCCUUUCCUGUCGGAUCUGUGUGUGAAAAUGUUUAUCACUGGUGAAUGACCCGAAUGCUUCUCUUUGUGAAAGUAGUUAGUGAAGUAUAAACUUGCUAGUAGAGGAUAAAUAUAAAAAAAAGUAGUUGGAACUUUUGAUAAAAUGUGCUAAUCACAAUCCCUCCAAUCAUUUGAGAGUGGCUGAGAAGCUGAAACUCUGCGUUUCCCACGGCAGAAAUUCCUUUUAUUGGUUGGUGGUUAUUGCCUUGUUUUCUUUCUCACAUGCAGCUGACUCUAAAUUUAAGUGUUCCCUUUUUAUUAACUUGCCUACCUACUUGGUCUGAGCAGCCUGACAGCAGCAUCCCAGUGACAGGGAGCUGGUGUUACUGGUAGUGAAGGACAAUGUCAUUGGUUUUCUUCUUUUAUCCCAGAGGAGACUGACUGCUCGGAUAAAAGGCAUUUAAGGGCAUGAAGACAAACUGCACCUGGUGGUUUAGUCCAGUGAAUUUAAACACAGAGUAAAUUUGGGUCACAAGUAUUUUGAAAGGUUUCCAGUCAGCCUUAUCCUGUAGCCAGCUCAGGACUGUGAGGGUGGCACCAGUUCUGUAAAUCUCUGUCAGCUCUGUCUGCCACUGUUCCUGUUUUGUUCUUCAUCUUGUCGUGAAUUGCCAGAUGUGAAAAUUAAAUGUGUAAAUGAUGAACCUUGUAUCACCUUGGCACUGACCUUAAUAAAUUAAGAGAAUAAUGACAAGAAAACGUCACAAA